AUGACUUCGACGCCAGCGGCCAACUCUGCAGACAUCUGCAGCUUCUUCUUUGAGCCCGUGGCCGAGCGCCCUCCUUUGCCAGAAGCUGCGACCCCCACAUCGACGCUGUCUUCGGGCGAAUCGCUCGUGCCACAAACGGACCGCAAGACAACGCGCGUGGUGCUCGGGGGCGCGAACCGCCACCGCUGCAAAGUGUGUCAAAACGUGUACACUCAGGCAGCCAGCACGGGGUACACGAACCUACUGACGCACUUGCGUCUGAAACAUCCGGAUUAUACCGCCAUGUUCGAAUCGCAGCGACUCGUGCCAGUGUCCGUCGCGCCAGGUCCGCCCCCUCGCAGUCGGCCGCAUUCGACCGACGUUCCGUCGUCGUCGGCCCCCUCAAGUGGCAACUUUGGUCCGAAAACCGCCGGCCGCAAACGUGGCCCCGUGUACGACCACUUUGUGGACGUCCCACCUCCAGUGGACUCGGCAGUCCCUACCCUCAAGGUGAAGAAGAUGCGCUGUUUGUAUUGCCGGUGCGACACGCCGCAAUUGAGUGGACGGCUGCGACUGCACUUGGCAGCGAAAUGUGUUCAUGUGCCACCGAAUGUCAAGGCGAUGUUUACAAAAACCGGUACCGACAUGUCCCUCGUGCCUAAUACCGUCGUCACGGCAGACCCGACGGCACCCACUUUGACGGGUACUUCGGUAUUGGACAAACCGAUGAUACCGGCGGCCGAGUCGGUAUCAAAUGCAGCCAUGUCACUACCCGAGAGGUUUGCACCGCCGUCGAGUGGCGAAACGUCAGUGAUCGACUCGACUGCCACGCGGACCAAACGUGAAGUGGGUACAGAUUGGCAGACCGUUGAAGAUCAGCUCACGACGGCUCUUGUGGCCACGCGGUGUCCGUGGACACUAUUGGAUAAUGCCGCGUUUCGCUCGGCCAUGGAACUCGUGCGCCGGUCAGACGUCGAUGCGUUUCCAUUGACUGCUGCCCGCGCACGAACGGACGUGUUGGACCGACUGGUAGUGCAAUACGAUCGCGACAGCUGCGACGCUUUGGCGAGUUCGAGUGCCAUUACAGUUGUGGCCAGUGACGCUACGGAAGAAGACGAAGAUGGGGACAGAAGUGGAGCAACGAGCACGUCGACGUACAUUGCAGUGGACGAGUGGCAACGGGCGUUCGUUCUAUCCGUUGGCCACGAAGCUGCAGCGGUGCCGGACGUGGCAGCGCUACUUUCCGUGCUGUCCAAAGUGCAGUCGGUCAGUCCCAGUGCGAAGCUCUUUUUGUGCACUUCAACGGCGGGCGCGUACGCCCACGCGCGGACCGAACUGCUCCGAGACGCCAGUGCAGCAGCCAAACCGGUGGUGCUGAUGGGCGCGUGUGUGAUCCAGCAGACGGCAUUGCUCGUUCGGGAGCUCGUGCUCGGCAGCGCAUCGCUGGAAGAGGCACUGGACAAUGCAGUUCUGCUUGCAGAUGCUCUGGACAGGAUACCGUCGCUACAUCAGCACGUCCUGCUGCGUGUGGUGUCGGACACGAGCAAUAUCGACGGCCACGUGAAUGCGUUCGCGCACGUAUCGCGCACGAGCUGGCGCUCGAUUGCCAUCGCCGUGAAGCAGGCCACUCGCCUGGAAGCAAUGCUGCGGCUGGCGAUUUCCGAAGAGAACGAUGCUUCAUCUCCGAUGCUGCAUCGGUUGAUUGACAUGGGUGGCAGUGACAGCGUCUGGACUAAUCUACGGCACACUGAUCAGCUGUUGGCACCGGCGCACUUUGUAUCGGUCUUGAGCGAGAUGCCAACUACGACGUCGGGGCAGAUGCUGGCGCUGUGGAUAUGGCUCUUUGGUGUGGCAAUGCACUCGCCGCUUUUUGACGACCAGUCUGACGUUCUACGUGCGAAGUUCGAGCGACGUUUGGCUUGCUACGCGGAAGAGCACUUCUUGGCUUGUCUUGUUCUCGACCCACGUGUGCAUGGCGUUGGCUUGAGCGUAUCAGGACUGCGUCGGUGCCGCGGUGUUGCUGUUUGUGUGGCUGGUACUCUCCUUUCCAGCUUCGACGAAAGUAACUUCAUUCGGUCGUACAAUGACUACAUGAAGCAGCAAGGAGACUUUGGGGAACCAGGUGUGUGGAACAGUGCCAACACAUCGAACCCGAUCGAGUUCUGGAACGAUUACGAAGGCGACGCGCUGCACGAUCAGCUCGCUGUCGUAGCUAAAACCGUGUGCUCGUUCGUGCCGCACACGUGCUCGCUUGCCGACUUGUGGACAGCUCACUCACGACCCAGCAGGAGAGCAAACGAUGGAUCAUCAGAGGAGCACGAGAAAUGCACAAAACUUCGAUACGGUGCCGCUCGCAGCGCUCGAGCUACUGUGAUGGACGUUGUGAAGAAUCACGAGAUGCUUCUGGAUGUCGAGAACGAGCUUUCAUGGGAAAAGGUGAUGCAGCCGGAUGUCGCUAUCAGGGAAAAAGACGAGCAGGAUAGCAGCCGAAACGGAUUGGUACGGAUAGUGCUGGAGCGCAUUCAAGAUGGCGUCGACAAGGAUACAGCAGGAUUCAGUACACUUCCAACCAGCGUAGACGCUUCCUGGUUCGAUGUCAGCUCGGCUGGACUCGACAAGAUCCGAAGCACGAUGGAGAAGUACUUGAGCGCUGCGACACAACCGUAG